AUGGUAGCAGCUAAAGCUAAAAAUCCUGAGGCUAAUCUUGAUUUUCUUAAUAGCUUUCCAGACUUGAUUGAUUCUUAUCGCAUCUUAUUCAUCAACGUCACGAUACUGCUGAAUUGCUUCCUGUGGAGUCGAAAUCAGACGAAAAUUAGUGUGGAAAACCACAUGGAAGAUGGGGACAAAUAUUUCAUGCACUUGCAAACCUUGUGGGAAACUACGCACAAUAGUUUACAUCGUAAUGUUGCACAAUGA